AUGAAUUCUACAGAUCAUAAUCCAUUCGCCAACGCGAAAGAACCUGAAGAUCCCACCUGGCAAAACAGGAGCUUGAUCGAUCGGCUUUCAUCCCCCAUCGCUCCAAUACUGUCCAACAAGAAUUUACCAAGCGAACCUACCGGUGAGCGUUAG